GGAAAUUGCUUUUGAAAUACAUAAAUAACGAGACUACAUCGGUUUCCUACACAAGCAAAAUAGACACAUAUUCACAUAGGAAGAAAAAAAAAUGUCAACCUUAACAUUUUCCGUCUCUAACUUGCUUUUCAUCAUUUUACUCAGCAUACUAGGAAUCCGCACCACCAAGGCGGAGCUAUCGUCUUCCCAGGUCGAUCUGGCAAACGUCCAAGGCGAUAUUAUUAUUGGUUUGCAGAAACGUUUUGAAGCAUUUUGGUUCUGCACUUUAAAAUCAGAUUCAGCAUCAAUCGAAGGCUUUCGCAGAAGCCUAAAAACCGACUUGCUUCCAUUAAUUACAACAACACAAGGUGUGAUUGAUGCACAAAAGAUCAUAGAUAAUUAUCAACGAAACCAGACAGAAGGGAAGACCAAGCGAUUGCUGCCCAUUACACACGCUAAUCUAGGAUUUACAUUUAAUGGAUUGAGAAAGUUGGGCAUGAACGCAGAAGAGAUCCCGACAGGAAAAAAUGGAGUAUUUUCAAAAGGUCAAAAAGUUGACGCCGUGAAAAACUUGGGAGAUCCGGUGGAUCAAGCAACGAAAAAGUUAAAAACCUGGUCUGACGAUUUCUCAGACGAAGUUAACUCGAUUGAUUUCGUGGUUCUGAUCACUGCCCCGGACUCGCAUUUCCUGAAUAAAAAACUCGACCAAAUUGGCAAGAUAUUUGAUGGGUACUUGCAAAACUCUUUCCUUCGUCAAGGUAACGUCAGACCUGGUGACCAGUUUGGUCAUGAGCAUUUCGGAUUUACUGACUCGAUUUCGGCGCCAAAGAUUGAAGGUGUAAAUGCUCAACCAGAAGAUAAAAAGGCCGGAGUAGUUGAACCAGGGGUUAUCUUACUUGGACAACCUUCUUCCGGUGGGAACAGUAGCGCCACGGAUCCCAAACAAGCAUGGCUCAAAGACGGAUCGUUUAUGGCUUUCAGAGAGCUCCAACAACUUGUACCAGAGUUUCAAAAUUUCUGCGAUGAGUCUGCUAAAAGUGUCAAACACUUGAAUAUAUCUGGUGAUUUUAUUGGUGCCAGAAUCGUGGGCAGGUGGAAAUCAGGAGCACCCCUCAGUUUGGCUCCCAACGAGGAUAAUCCGGAAUUAAGUGAAGCGCAGGAUUUUGACUAUUCCGAUGAAUUGAAACAAGAACGUUGUCCCUAUGCUGCUCACAUCAGGAAAGCUAACCCACGCAAUGGCAUUCAAUCCGGCGCAGACCUCCGAAAAACUGUCUUGCCUCACCUCAUGAUCAGGAAUGGGAUUCCCUAUGGCCCCGAGCUCACAGAGGAAGAAACAGACAUGAUGAAAACAAAAGAAAACCGUGGUUUGUUGUUUGUCUCUUACCAAAGUGAAAUUGCGGACGGAUUUCAAUUUGUCCAAAAGACAUGGAGUAAUAAUCCUCGUUUUCCCGCGCAAACGGCCGCCAACGUAACCGCAGGAUUAGACUUGUUAGCCGGUCAAACCAGCGAUGAAUCGCCACGAACCGCUCAAAACAUCAUUCCUUUGGGUUCGGAAGGGAACACUGAUCCCAACAAUACGUUGACCGCGUUUCAACCUUUCAUUGUUCCUCUUGGUGGAGAGUACUUUUUGAUGCCAUCCAUCAAAGCCAUCAAUGAAACACUUGGCCUUUGAUCACAAGACCGAUUAAAAAUUCGUAAAUGAUCUUGAAUCUCCAUCCAUGAUGGUACAUAUUGGAUAGGCAAUCUGCGGAGCAGAAACAAUCAGUUAAUCAGAUCCGAAAGCGAAUAAAAAGCUUGGUAUAUUCUAUUGAACCGUUAAGUGCGGUCCGGGGUGUCACUUGAUACCAAACUCGAACCAAACAUCAUUUUUCUGCCCUCCCUGUCUCAAUGUAUAAAUAGCCUCGGCCUCUUUUUUCCCGCUCAGUUAAAGUCCCAAACGUCUCUUGUCUUUCGUUGUCGUUUCUUUUUUAUUUCUCUUGAAUUGUAUUUCAAACGUGUAAUUAGCGAGAUCAAAUCAGAGCAUUUGCAACGUCAAGACUGCUCUGUGGUGUAGACCAGUCCACUUCAGGCUAAGAUCUGAAGCCGUUGGUAUUGAAAAAAAAAACACGCCAAGUGAAAAUAAAAAGAAGCCUCCUCUCGAAGACUGGAGUUAUUCUCUUAAGGUACUCCAUCAGUCAUCAAGACCCAAACAAGCACCACCCCUCACACCAGGGUCUUACCUCAAUUUUUGAGCUAAUGUUGUGGUAUGUUCUGUUGGUCCAUUUGGUAACACACAAUUUGUUUUUUUGGUCUUCAAUUCAAUUGUUUUUUAUGAGGC